AUGCGCGGACGAGAUCGCGUACGUAUCGGCGCACGAGUCGCCCGCCCCAAGGAUAGCGCGUGCUGCCUACAGAGGCUUCUGCCGCUUCUGUAUCCCGCCCCUGCCUGCCCUCUGGUCGUUAUUCGCAUCAUCAAAAACAUGUACCACGACAUGGCUCAGGGCCGCGCAAGGCUUCGCGUUGCGCGGUCAAGUGCGACUGCGUGCCUUGUAGAGGCAUGCGGGCGGGCGGCGUUUUCAGCCGAGGGCGGCGCGCGCGACCCAGUCUACUUCCGUCGCCCGUACUCGCGGUCUCACACUGGCCUGCACUCCACAGCUGACAACUUCAGUCGU